GCAACGCAGAAUCGAUAGAAAGGAAGAGAAAAAAAAAAAAGUUAACGCUUCCAAACAAGCCAACCAAAAUAGCCCUCUCUUCUCUCUUCCUUAAAGCCGCUAUUUUCUUCUUCUUAUUUCAUUGUGGUGUUUUGUUUUCCCUUGGUUUUUUUUGUUCUUAUCUUAUCAUCGCACAAUCUCGUCUUCACAGAUUCGUAAUCUUCUCGAUCCCUCACCCCCCAACUCAACUGUAAUUAUCGAUUCGAUAUUGGGUUGGGAAUUCGAUUGUUAAUAUUUUGUUGGAGAUUUGAUUAGGUGGCUUUGGCGAUCAUGAGUGACGAGGGAGAAAGGACCUGCCCCCUUUGCGCGGAGGAGAUGGAUUUGACUGAUCAGCAACUCAAGCCUUGCAAAUGUGGUUACGAGAUCUGUGUUUGGUGUUGGCAUCAGAUAAUGGAUAUGGCUGAGAAGGAUGAGACAGAGGGGAGGUGUCCAGCAUGUCGUAGUUCGUAUGAUAAAGAAAGGAUUGUAGGGAUGGCUGCUAAUUGUGAGAGGUUGGUUGCUGAAAUUAAUUUAGAGAGAAAAAUGAAGUCACAAAAGGCAAAGACUAAAUCAUCCGAAGGAAGGAAGCAACUGAGUAGUGUACGAGUUAUUCAAAGGAAUCUUGUUUACAUAGUUGGGUUGCCGCUUAAUCUUGCUGAUGAAGAUCUUCUCCAACGGCGAGAAUAUUUUGGUCAGUAUGGGAAAGUCCUAAAAGUAUCUAUGUCUCGGACUGCAGCUGGUGUUAUUCAGCAAUUUCCAAACAAUACAUGUAGUGUAUAUAUUACUUACUCAAGAGAAGAGGAAGCAAUUCGUUGUAUCCAGUCUGUACAUGGGUUUGUAUUGGAGGGUAGACCAUUAAAGGCAUGCUUUGGUACAACAAAGUAUUGUCAUGCAUGGCUGAGAAAUGUGGAAUUUUUUGGAGAGUUUCAGCCUUGCAGCAAUCCAGAUUGUCUAUAUUUGCAUGAGAUUGGUUCUCAAGAGGAUAGUUUCACAAAAGAUGAGAUUAUAUCAGCAUACACAAGGAGUAGGGUUCAACAAAUAACUGGUGCAACAAACAAUAUGCAAUGGCGUGCUGGGAAUAUGUUACCUCCUCCAGUGGAUGAUUAUUGCCCCAACAGUUCUGCUUCUGCAGCAAAACCCAUUGCAAAAAAUGCUUCAAAUAAUACAACAGCAAGCAUUCCUAAAGAUUCUUCCCCAAAUGGUAGCUCUGUUAGAUCAAUUGCUCUUCCUGCUGGAGCAUCAUGGGGAAUGCGUGCUUUAAACCAGCCGCAAUCGGCCAGUUUACCAUGUUCAAAUGGAACUUCUAAGCAGAAAUCCGAUUUAGUUAGCAGUACAUUACCAUUUUCAUCUGCAGUAACAAACACAAAUCAGGUUUGUACGUUACAUGAUGGUGUUAUAAAGAAGCCAUCUGAGGAGAUCCGAGCUAUGCAUAUGAAGUGUAAACCUGAUUUGUUAAAACCUUUAAAAGAUAAUGCUGGUUUUGAUGGUCAAACUACUGCACUAGAGAAACCUACUUCACCUGACAGGGUUUCUGGCUCUAAAUCAUCGAGCUGCCAUUUAUCUUGUCCGCCAGCAUCCAAUUAUAAUGACCAGGGCACUAAUAUACCAUCAACUGUUACAAGCUCCACCUUUGACCAUACUGGGCAGUCUUUUAUUUCCUCUAGUGAGAAAGCUGGGGGUAUUUCAUCUACUGUUGGGGAGAUACAGAGCUUGUGCUCUUAUAUGUCAACAUUGACCUUAGAUAGGAAUGUCUUGAAUGGACAUUCUGAUGUAGUUAGACCAAGCAGUUCUGCUUACCAUCAUGGAUCAAGCUGCUCUCCUACUAAUAAGGGGUUACAACAAUGUUACAUUGAGCACUAUCUAGAACCUUUAAGUUCACCAGCUGCUGGGAGAUCUGUGACAUCUCCGAAUGGGGUGUGUGUUUCCAAAGAGCAGUCUGAUUGGAGAACCGAUAUACAAACUCAAGUGGCGGCGAAUACAAGUUGUGAAGUUGAGGAAGACAUAUUGUCUUUUGAUAAUCAAAGACUCAAGGAUCCAGAAGUUAUUAGCCGUUCAAGUUAUGUGCCUAAUUCACCAAUUUCACUCCAUUUAUCUAAUCAUUCUAGGUCACAUUCUUUGCAACACAGUGAGAAUUUUGGGGCCGUUAAUUUGAAUGCUGAUACUCUUUUUGUAGAUAAUAAAGUUAGUGACAGUUUACGGCUAUAUGGAUCUAGUGUUUCUUCUUUAUCAAAUGGAUACCCUGAGAAGUACAUAAGCAGUAGUAUUGGUUCUGAUAUUACCACAGAAGGCUCGCUUCUGCUUUCAAAUGAAGGGAAAGGGAAACAGAUGGGAAGAUUACUUGGUAAUGCUGAGAGCAAUGCUGCUAAAGAUACAGGAGAGAGCAGCAUAAUUUCGAAUAUUUUGUCGCUAGAUUUUGAUACAUGGGAUGAGUCCCUAAGUUCACCUCAAAACUUGGCUAAAUUGUUGGGUGACACUGAUAAGCAGCCCAAUUCUCUCAAAUUAUCUGGUUCAUGGAAAGCACCGAAUAACAAUCAGUCCAGAUUCUCUUUUGCAAGACAGGAGGAUUCUAAAUAUCAUCCUUUUGAUGUUGAGUCCUCAUUUAGUGUUUUUGGGCAAAUACCACAGAACCGCCCUUUUAACCAAGAUUUUGGAGAAAACAGGGAUCGCUAUCUAAAUAAUUUUGGAAUUUCUACUAGUUUUUCUUCCAGUAACUUUGAGGAAUCAGACAAUUUUAAUGGCAGUCCUUCAGUUUUCUCUUCUAAUAAGCUUUCUGCAGUUUCAAGAGCUCAAAUUUCAGCUCCACCUGGAUUCUCUGUUUCUAGCAGGGCACCACCUCCUGGCUUUUCUUCUCAUGAGAGAGUAGACCAUGUUUUUGACGCAUCUGGAAAUCACUUAACAGACGCAUCAUCCCUGUUAAGAAAUUCUUAUCAGUGUCCUGCAAGUGGUGGUAUUGGCGGGCCUGUUGAUAUAGAAUUUAUGGAUCCAGCAAUUUUGGCAGUUGGUAAGGGUAGACUUCCGGGAGUGCACAACAAUUCAGGCUUUGACAUAAGAUCAAAUAUUCCUCGACAGUUAGGUCCCUAUGAAAAUGAGGCCAGAUAUCAAUUAUUGAUGCAGAAAUCUCUUUCUUCUCAUCAGAACCUAAGAUAUGAUGUUGGGGAUAGCUUUUCUUCUCUUAAUGACUCCUAUGGAAUUUCUUCUAGGCUGAUGGAUCAAUCACAAGUGAACGAUAUGUCUCCUUAUGCACAAUUGUGUCUCCAACAGUCAAGGAAUUCACAUAUGUCAAAUGGUCAUUGGGAUGGAUGGAAUGAGGUUCAGGGUGGAAACAGUCUUGGUGUGGCAGACAUACUCAGAAAUGAGAGACUGGGAUUUAACAAGUUUUAUUCCGGUUAUGAAGAUUCAAAGUACAGGAUGGGUGAUCUAUAUAACAGAACAUUUGGGAUGUGAUUGUUCCUGGAAUCGACUUGUUGAUUAUUGGCAAUGCUAUGCUAAGAAGUAGAAUGAUUUUGUGCAAUCUUGGUCGCACAUUGAGGAUGGAUUGUUGACUUGUAAUUGGUCUCCUUUGGCAGCCUCAUGCCGGAUCAAACUUCUGAUAACUUGGGCCAAAAAGGUGGUGUCUGCAAUCGAGCAGGUGAAAUGAGCUUCUGCUAUUUCUGAUAUAAUUGAUUGCACUGCAGAGUGCUGUAUAUGAUCUAACUGACUGGCAGGUUGAUCCUCUUCUGAUGCUGAAUGUGGUUGCUCUUGCGCUCUGAGAACUAAAUAGAUUGGAACCCAUUUCUGCCUUUUUUUUUUUUUACCUGUUAUUUGGAUGGGGGAUGCUGUACUUCUACAGCCCGUUGACAUGUUUAGAUAUUAAUGAAUUUGAUUAAAUAGUCAGUAUUAUGUGUUUCAUAGAUGGAUUUACAAUGGUGGCAGCAGGCCCCCCAUUUAAAUCCCUCAUCUUUUUUGGUAGUGUUGUGUAACUACAAAAAGGCUAGUCUAAGGAAAAGUAUUUUGCUCCCAAGUGGAAUCUCGCUCUAAA